CUCGUCCCCCAUGCCUGGUUUGCGGCGUCAGAGAUGCGCGACUCCUCGUGCCAGUUUAGAGGUUGCCGGGUUUGAAGCCUGUGGCAGUCGGGAUUUGUCCCAUUAAACAGAUAUGGGUGCGUCAACAUCGGCUUCAACAACUCCGCAGAUCUCAACAGUACCAGAACAAACAAAAACUUCAUUAUCUCCACCACCAGGAUGCCCCAUGCAUCAAAAGGAUAUGUCAGCAGGAUGCCCAAUGAAUAAAGAAACCCCAGAAACUGCCGUUGCCAAUGCCAGCUGCUCUGGUCCAGCACAUCAGGAAAGGGCGUAUGAAUUUGUCGGGUGUCCAAUGAAAGUGCAAAACAAAGAUGACAUUGAUCCCAGAAAUAUGAUGCCUCCUCCGAAUCAGUGUCCAGCUCCAGAUCAACCAUUCCCUCUUGGUUUGAACCGUGAAGAAUCCACCAUUCCGCGUGCUGACGCUGAUAAAAAAUGGGUUUAUCCUUCUGAACAAAUGUUCUGGAAUGCAAUGCUAAGGAAGGGGUGGAAAUGGAAGGAAGAAGAUGUUAACCCAAAGGACAUGGAAAAUAUUAUUAAAAUUCACAACCAGAAUAAUGAGCAGGCGUGGUCAGAAAUCCUGAAGUGGGAGGCCCUUCACGCAACAGAAUGCCCUUGUGGCCCAACUCUAGCUCGCUUUGGAGGCAAAGCAAAGGAGUAUUCUCCUAGAGCACGUAUGCGCUCCUGGAUGGGGUAUGAACUCCCGUUUGAUCGCCAUGACUGGAUUGUAGAUCGCUGCGGGAAAGAAGUCCGAUAUGUUAUUGAUUACUAUGAUGGCGGCGAAGUAGAUAAAAACUAUCAGUUCUCCAUUUUAGAUGUCCGCCCUGCUUUCGACUCUAUGGGGGCUGUUUGGGAUCGAAUGAAAGUGGCAUGGUGGCGCUGGACAUCUUAAACUGUUCAAUGAAAGGGCCAACAUUACUAAAACAUGAAUUGAGUUGAUGAGUUACUUUGUUACAGGUGCUAACCAAUUCAGGCAUAGAGCUAUCCUCUAAGGGGCAAAUUCACUGCAUUAGGGAAAGCCAAAUCUAAUUCUGACUGUUUUGGAGCUACAACUCUCAUAAAUCUCUACCACCUACUAGCAACUGUCUGGUAGACGUUAAUGUGAGUUGUAGUUCUGUGAAGCUGGUGGAAUGCAUUUCAUUAUUUCUGCACUAAAGUGUGAUAUGUUUUCUCCUCGUUAAGAGAAACCUGAUUCAUUAUUUAUUGAAUGUACAUUAAAGCUAUUGAGACCUCACACACACAAACCUAAGGGAUGUGUUAGGGACGGUCGGUCAAAAUGUAGAAAUACAACAGCAAUGAUGCUUUGCCAGCCUUAGCAGGGAUUGUUAUACACAGGUAGGGGUGUCUUUUUGUCUAAUCCUGGGUUUGACAACUUGGGAUAUGUCUGUAAUUUAAAGAGCUUUCACCAAAUUAUCACAGCUUAGUGCAUCUCUCCCUUGGAGUAUGCAGUCCAAUUUCACCAGUAUUUAAAAAAAGCCCACGGAUUAAAAGAAAAUACAAACUGGAAAAUCCCAAGUGUGAAUGUGAAAUUAUUUAUUAUUUUAAGUUUGUGUUUUCUGAACCCUUUAUUAACCCCUUAAGGACAAACUUCUGGAAUAAAAGGGAAUCAUGACAUGUCACACAUGUCAUGUGUCCUUAAGGGGUUAAAUUAGUAACCCACUCUUAGACGAAGGCAAAGUUUAUUUUUCUGGUUUAUGGUGGGUAGGAGGCAAAUUUGGCUUUCAUUUCUAGAGUUAGGGAGAUAUUUUCAAUCAAAAAAUGUACCAAUAUAUAUUCUGAACUACUAUAUAGCUGAGGGCUGCUGUAUGCAAGUUAAAUACAUAAAUAAACUUCUUUUUUAAUGUUUUCCUCUGAGUUUAUUCAGAAAGUAUUGGCAUUGUGCUUUUUAUUUUUUAUUAAGCAGUUAAUUGUGGUGAACUAACAACUUGAUAACAUUUGUAAUUCUUUCAUAAUUUCUACAUUAUUACUGAUUUGGUAAAUAAACUUUUAAAUUUUACCUUUCAAGAUAGAAAUGGCAUCUGGUCAGCAACUUUUAUACAGAGUUAAAGUUUAAUCAACAGACCAGAAAAAAUUGUCAUUUUCUUAAAAUUGAUGAUACUUUAGUUGUAAUGUCUACUGAGCAAGAUUCAGAACCUCUUUAUCAUUUGUGUUGAUAUUAGUCUCACAACUGUUGUACUCUGCAUUAUACUAUAAUCCAUCAAAUAA